ACGGAGUUGGUUUCGGCAUCUCCUUAAGAAUAGGCGUUUGGGUCCAAUGAUGCAACGUAUUGAUAGCCCUAAUGAAUCCAAAUUUACUUGUAAACGAUCCACUCUCAUGGAGAUUUCCGGACUGAUUUUGCUUCUGAAACUGCUUAUCUCAAUUCAAGAACUGAUUCUCAUUCCGGAGCUAAUUUCAUUCCUGGAGUCAAUCGUGAUUCCAUUACCGAAGCAAAUGACGAUCCCCAGGUCGGCUUCUGAAUCGGCUCCGGAGUCAACUGUGGAAUCCGCUUCGAAAUCGACUUCGGAGUCAACUCUAGAAUCGGAUUCGGAAUCGACUACGGAGUCAACUUUGGAAUCGGCUCCGGAAUCGGCUCCGGAGUCAACUCCGGAAUCGGUUCCGUAGUCGACUCCGGAAUCGGAAUCGAUUCCAGCAUCGAAAUGGUAGGUUCGAUUCCGAGUUCCCACCACAAGUCAGAAUCGAUUGGUCCGUUUUCAUCGAUUUCCAAUAGCUCCUUCUGUUGCGGACUAACCUUGUGCUUUUUUUUGUUUGCCACAUCAAACGAGCACGUGGCUCCGGAUCCUGGCGCACACACCAGUGUGCCGCUGGCAAUGCAACGAACGGCAUCGAAAGGCACGGUCCAGAGCCCGGUCUGUCUGGUGCAGGGCCGGGCACGGAUCGUCGACGAUGCUGCCCCGCUGCACUACGUGGGCCACUGGGACGGCCUGGGGCGGGCGACGCUAUCGAACAACGGUCAGUCCGCCGUGCUAACGCUGAGCGAGCGUCCCUUUCGGCCGUUCCUGGUCGGCGGCCCGCUCGGCAGCGCGUACCUGUUCGAGCAGCUCCAUUUCCACUGGGGCCCGGACGAUGCGGUCGGCUGUGAGCAUCUGCUCGACGGGCGGGCCCACUCGAUGGAGGCCCACCUCGUCCACUACAACGCCCGGUACGGCAGCUUCGGCGCGGCGCUGGCCCACCCGGACGGGCUGGCGGUCGUGGCGCUGUGGCUCGAUGGCGGUGGUAGCGCCGUGUGGCGCCCGCUGCAGCCGAUCGUGCGCGCGCUGCGCCACAUCCGGCGGCCGGGCAUGCGAACCACCGCGCUACCCGCCGACUGCUUGCGCUGGCUGGCCGCCGGGCUGGAGCUCGGGCGGCAUUACUACACUUACGACGGGUCGAUGACGACGGCCCCGUACCGGGAGUGCGUCCGCUGGCUCAUCUACCGCACGCCGGUCUACGUUUCCCCCCGGCAGACUGCCGCCUUUCGCCGGCUGCUGCGCCGCUGCAACGGUCGUUUCGCUCCGAUCACCAGCAAUUUCCGCCCAGUCCAGCGAACGACCGCCGGCGACGACCCGCCCGGUUUGGUCUUUGUGCGGGACAGUGUGGGCACGGCCCGGCGCGCCAAACUUUAAUUCGGAGCAGGUGUAUCAAUUGGCAAGCUUUGUACGUUUUGU